AAUCAAAUCAGGCGGCCAGAAGCCCAUCUUAGAAGAACCAAACCCUCCGUUUCCCUCUUCGACAUUGUCUAAGUAUUUCAUGUUCUUCUUCGCAUUCCACUAAACCGCCGCCUUUUAGAUCUUUGGCAUAAGAUCCAAACAAGGUAAACAAACACCAUGCCAAUCCUGGGUUGCCGUCAACACAUCAUCGAAGGAUUCCAUCGUCUUGGAGGCCAGAAUUGAAGGAUUCUCAACACUUCUGAUAUUUUUUUAUUAUUAUUCCAUUACUAAAGCUCCUCUUUCAACGGAGGCAUUGGAAUGCUUGGUAAGACUAGCUUCUGUAAGACGUUCUUCAUUUGCAAAUUAGGCAGCCCGUUCCAAGUUUUUGGCCCAUCUAAUGACAGGAACCAAAGAAAUUCUCCAAUCAGGACAAGGUCUUGCUGAUCAUGAUAAUUACCAUGAGUACUGUCGACUUCUUGGACGUUUUAGGCAGGGUUUCCAAUCAAGUUCUGCAGUGGAAAACCAAUGCAACAACAACAUGUUAAUGAUGCAGCCCCAAAUGGCUAUUUUUAAUCCUCAACUGCCAAUUCCAUUGAGUAAUAAUUCCAGUGCUAUGUCAUUGCUAAAUAAUGUUGGUUUCAUGAAUGGAGCUAGCCAGCUUCUUCCCUCACAAAAUAACCAUCUGGGUGUUCCUCAAUUUGGUCCCAUUUUCCCAAACUUGAACAAUGUUUCAAUGUUCCAACAACUUCAUGGCCAAUUCAAUAACCCUUUGCAGAGCCCAAAUCAACCCAAUUGGUUAAAUUUACCUCAACAACUUAAUCAAAAUAAUAUGGGUUUGACAAAUGGGCAGCAUCAGCAGCAACAACAACUUUUUUUGCAGAACCAAUUGCAGAGCAUUGGCCAACUUUUGAACCAAAUCCCAAAUCUCUCUCAGUUUGUUUCUGGUGGUCAAACAAUGGGAUGCCUCAAUCCUGCCGGUGUUCCUCCGAAUCCACAGUUUGGAUUUAUGCAGCAAAACCAGAUACAGCAGCAAGCCAACCAGAGUCAGCAAAAUUUGGCAAAUGUUAACGCAUCAAAGCCAUCGUCUUCCGCAGCAGGUGCACAAGUACUAGGGGGCCCAUCAUUCAGAAAGCCAAUGGGCAGUCCUGGUAAAAGUGGUCAGAAUUUGAAUAAUUUUCCAGGCAGAAAUGUUGCUAGGGAUUCAAAAUGGGGAUUUCAUAAGUCUAAGUUUCAGCAGUCUCGAUUUCAUCAAGUGGAUAAUGCAAAGAGAAAGUUUGCAUCAUCUAAUGGACAAAAGAAAAAAGGGCAGGAUGAUGAGAGGGCAGCUAAAUUUCCUCAUUCUAAUUCUACAAAACCAGACAAGGAAAAGAGAAAACGAUCUCUUGCUUUGACCUACUCGGAGCAAGAAAUACGACAGUGGCGUGAAGAACGUAAGAAGCACUAUCCGACAAAAACCAACAUAAAGAAGAAACUCAGUGGGAAAGUAUCAGAUGCUGAGGUUGCCAAAUUGCGAAGUGAGCAACUCAAGGAAAUUUUGGCAAAGCAAGCUGAAUUAGGAGUUGAAGUUGCAGAAAUUCCUUCACACUAUCUGUUAGGUUCAGAGAAAAAGGUGAAUGGAAGAGAAGAGAACAGUUGGCCAUUAACAAAGAGGGGGAGAUUUGAAAAGAGGCAUGAUAAAAGAGUGAGAUUUGAUAAAAGAGACCGUUUUUCCAGGAAAAGAAGAUCAACUAAUGAGGAAUCAUUUGAUGGCACUUCUGUCAACAAAAGGAGCCCAACCCUUUUGCAGAAGCUUCUUAGUGCUGAUAUAAGGAAAGAUAAAAGUCAUUUGUUGCAGGUUUUUAGAUUCAUGGUUAUAAAUUCUUUCUUCAAGGAUUGGCCUGAGAAGCCCUUGAAAUAUCCUCUGGUGGUUGUUAGGGAUGGUCUGAGCGAGGGUGAGAUAGUUCGAGAGAAACCCUUGGUUGUUGGGGAAGAUAAACUAGAAGUCUGCGACAAGACAAUGAUCCAAAGUAUUGUUAAUGGUGAGAAUAAAGAUGGCGAUGACAGUGACAAUGAUGGUGAUCGUGAAAGCAAGGACGAUAAUGAUGUUAAUGGCGAUGAAGAUGAUGAAAAUAAACAUGACACUCAAGCUGACCAAGUGGCCUUGUAUGCUAGGGAGGAGAAAGCUGAUAGUGGAGAAGGAAUUGUGAGGAAUGAGGAAGAAGAGGGAGAAAUAAUUGACUAGGAUGUCUUAUAUCCCUCAGAAUUUUCCUUGAAUCCUGUUUGUGCAUAGCAUGUUUUAUGUAUAAUUUUUAAAAAGAACUGAACAUGGGAAACAUACAUCUUUGGUAUACGCUCAGGGGUUUCUUGUAAUUUAAUUUUAAAUAUGGCUUUCUUUUCUCUUUUC